AUGGAAAACAUUUUCCCGGCAUCCUUUGCGCCACCAAGACAAUGGCGGCAAGAAUCUCGAUUCUAUUUCCCGCCCAAAGAUGUCAUGGUGACUCCUGCCAAUUUACUUUGCUCUCUGUUGGUCUCUAACUCCUCUUGCAUUUUCUCUCUUUUUUUUAGUUUUUUUCUAUUUUUUUCUCCAUUUUUAUUCCUGCACAACAAACCAAAACUGUUCAACACAAACUAUUACUUUUUUUUCUUUCUUUCUUUCUUUUUCUUUCUUUCUUUCUUUCUUUCUUUCUUUCUGUUCAGUGUUUCUGUACUUUUUCUUUAUCAUAUCUUUCUUUCCAUUUAUUACACAUUUUUCUUUCUUUACAUUGGGAUUUCUUUCUUCCUUUCAUUAGACUUUUGGCUUUUCUUCUAUUCAUUUUUCUUUCUUUCUUUCUCUUUCUUUCUUUCUUUCUUUUUGGCUUUCUUUCCAUUUAUUACAUUUUUCUUUGUGGCUUUCCUUCAAUUUAUUUUUAAUGUCUUGGUUUUUUUAUCUUUCUUUCUUUCUUUCUUUCUUUCUUUCUUUCUUUCUUUCUUUCUUUCUUUCCAUUCAGUGUUUCUGUACUUCUUUGUCUUUGUCAUAUCUUCUUUCCAUUUAUUACACUUUUUUCUGUCUUUUCCUUCGUUGAGAAUUCUUUCUUUCUUUCUUUCUUUCUUUCUUUCUUUCUUUCUUUCUUUCUUUCUUUCUUUCUUUCUUUAA